UUAUAAAGUGGAAUAAUAGCUUUUUAGACAAAUUUGAUUUCCUUGUAAAAUGCAGUCUUCUUUCACUUACACUUCUAGAUCAUGAGACAUGAAGGUUGUACAUAUAUGUUGUAUAUACCUUUACGUACUCGUCUGCUUUCUGGUCUUUGAGACACAGUGGAUCACAAUCAUAAGCUGUGCAGUAUCAGCCCUACUUGAGAAUCCUAACUAGCAGAUUGUUUUGCCACAGCGUUUCUUCAUAUUCAUUAAAAUAAACAAUGCCUUUCUCCAGAAAAGACCCCCAAGGCCUGGCCCGAGAAGCACCGUGCUGAUGGUACAUACAGAAGACACACGGACUCCUUUCACUGGAGCCACAAGAUAAGCACACACAGAAAAACAGCUAUUUUUGUGAGUCUUUCUAAUAACACAGACUGCAACUCGAGCUCCUGAGGCAACAGCAGAAGCCGAGCCGGAGGCCGGCCGGGCUCCCCCCUCCUGCCGCAGACCCGGACUCUCCGCUCCGCCUGCUCCAGCCGCGGGCUGGGCUGAGAGGGGCCGGGGGACAGCCGCGCCGCCCCAGCGCUCGCCCCCACCUCCGGAGCACAAGAUGGCGGCGGCGAUGCGGAGGUGGAGCGCUCUCUGCGGUGGUGUCCUAGCUCGCUUCCCCCGCUCCAAACGGUUCUUCAGCCAUGGACCGAAUGUGUUGCUGCAAGAGAGCAAAGCUCCGCAAGCUGCAUUCUUUUCACCUCUUCAAAAAGUGAUGUUGCCACCAAAUUCCUUCCAAGGGAAAGUGGCCUUUAUAACUGGUGGAGGUACUGGGCUUGGCAAAGGCAUGACAUCAGCUUUGUCCAGUUUGGGUGCCACAUGUGUCAUAGCAAGCCGAAAGCUUGAUGUUUUGAAAGGAACAGCAGAAGAAAUUUCUUCUAAAACAGGGAAUAAGGUCCAUGCCAUCCAGUGUGAUGUGAGAGAUCCAGUUUCUGUUAAGAAUGCUGUUGCUGAAUUAAUUCAGGUGGCAGGACAUCCUAAUGUUGUGAUAAACAAUGCAGCAGGAAAUUUUAUUUCCCCUUCUGAACGACUUUCUGCUAAUGCAUGGAAAGCUAUAACUGAUAUUGUGCUUAAUGGUACUGCCUUUAUAACUCUGGAAAUUGGAAAAGAGCUCAUUAAAGCACAGAAAGGAGCCGCAUUCCUUUGUAUUACAACCAUUUAUGCAGAGAGCGGUUCAGGAUUUGUGAUGCCAAGUGCUUCUGCCAAAGCUGGUGUAGAAGCAAUGAGCAAGUCUCUUGCAGCCGAGUGGGGUAAAUAUGGCAUGAGAUUCAAUGUGAUUCAACCAGGUCCAAUAAAAACAAAGGGUGCUUUUAGCCGCCUUGACCCAACUGGCAAGUUUGAGCAGAAAAUGAUUGAGAGGAUUCCCUGUGGCCGUCUGGGAACUGUAGAAGAAAUUGCAAAUCUUGCUGCCUAUUUUUGCAGUGACUAUGCAAGCUGGAUUAAUGGAGCAGUUAUUAGAAUGGAUGGCGGAGAAUAUGUUUCUAUGGCAGGAGAAUUCAACGAUUUGAAAAAGGUUACCAAAGAGGAGUGGGAUAUGAUGGAAACAAUGAUUAGGAAAACAAAAGGCUCUUAAAGUACCUAACUGUGGGGUGUUGACUUCUGGAAAUAAACCACUACUAAUUCAUUAAUAUUUAGAAAUAACUGAAUGAGAGAGAGCCUUCAAAAUCUUUGUAUGUUGAUUUCAGUAAAAUAUUUUGAAAUUUUCAUACUUGGAAUAUAACGUGUCUUUUUCCAUCUGCUGUAUAAUCUUAUAAAGAGUGAACGACAGUUCACUAAAAUGUUACUGUACUUUGGUUAUUUUCUUAUAUAACCAUGCCAUACUCUACAGUUAGAUUUUUAAAUAUUGCAGGAUUUUUUUGGCUUCUCAGGUCUAUGCAAGUGUCUCUUAAUUAUAGUUUGAAUAGGAUUUCAGAUAAAUGAUGGAUACAAUAAUUAGAGAGGCCCAGCCUCCAGCCAGGGGGAAGAAAGGGACAGCUGAGUGUAUUGGACUGUGUGGAUUCAGUGGCCUGGCACAUCAGAACCACAGAAAUAGGAGGCUCUGGUAGACACUGGUGCACAGUGCACCCUGACCAUCGAGUCAUGAGGGGACAGAAUCAAUAUACAUUUAUGGAGCCCAGAACAACAACAGCCUUUUGAACAAAUUAAGAGGGAGAUGGUCAGUGCAGUAGCCCUGGUACCAGUCUGGAUGGAAUGUGAUGUAAAAAAAACAUGCUCUACACUGCAGCUUGGGAGAUGGGCCUCACUUAAAGCCAAAAAACUUCAGGGGAGACCUGAGGUCAACUGCAUGAGUUUUGGAGUCGAGGAUUGAGAGAGUGGGAAAAGUGCUACUUUCCAACUGAAAAGGAGAUAUUAGCAGCAUACAAUGGGGUUCAGGCUGCUUUGGAAGUGAUUGGUACUGAAGCACAACUUAUUUUAGCACCUCAACUACUGGUGCUGAAUUGGAUGUUUAAAGGGAAGGUCCUCUCCACACACUGUGCUGCUUGGAGUAAGUGGAUUGCAUUGAUUACACGGUGGGCUUGGAUGGGGAACACCAGUCUCCCAGGAAUCUUGGAAGAGAUCAUGGACUGACCUGAAGGUAAAAACUUUGGAAUAUCAUCAGGCAAAGAGGUAAUGCAUGCAGAAGAGGCCCUGCCAUACAACGAAUUAUUAGAAAGUCAGAAGAAGUACGCCUUAUUCAUUGAUGUGUUUUGCUAUAUUCUGGGAAGGUACUGAAGAUGGAAAGCUGCUAUGUGGAGUCCUGUAAGACGAGGAGACCACCACCACUAUCUGAGCUCACCAUUUAAAAAUGUGUGAGAUUCAAGACAAGCAAAAAGGCUAUGCACAACACCCAAAUGAGAACAGUCACCUGGAUGCUCUGGUGUUGGGACACUGGGGCCAGUAAUGUGGAUCUAGAUGGCAAAGAAACCUGCCAGCUGGAAGGUUUUGCUAGAUCCAGCCAUUGACAGAGGAAGUAGUUGAAAAGAGAAUUGAACUUACACUCUCUAGAAGCGAAUUUUAAUGGCCAUAAGGGGGAGAGAUCCCUUCAAGGAAGAUUUGAUGUCUCAUCCAAGUAAAUGGACCACUAUGGAAAGAGGUAUCUAGUAUCUAAGGGAAUUACCCUGCUAACUAAAUAUAAUUGUUAAUCUGAAGAAAAACUAAAUCAUGUAGUCCUAAUGUUUGCACUUUUGUAAUAAGCCCUAAAUUUGUGAGUAACAAAACUUCAAGUCAUUAGCAAUGCUACAUAUGUUUACAUGAAAUGUAACUCCUGUGGUUACUUAAAUUUUGAAAUAAAUAACUGACUUGGUCUCAGCUU